CCAAAAUCAAGCAGAGUGAGGUAUUCUGAGGUAUUUUGCGAAGAGUAUGCUCUACUCGGGACCAAACUUAAUCGUCAUUAGAUGAUCGGAUCGUCCGCGUUGAACAGAUAAAACAAACUGAUAAGAUUUUCAACCUUUAGAGUUAGACCUAUCUCCAACGAUGACCGCCCAACGAGGCGUCCGUUGCUUACUCCUCCUGCUGCCUUUACUGUGCGGUCUAUCCUUCACUUCAGCAAACGUCGAGACCUUAGACGAUUUGCUGAACAAAAUAAACCAUCUCAUCGCUUUGGAGUGUCCAGAAUAUACCAAGGGAGACGUAAACCAGCAUUUCCUCCAACUACAAUGGGCAAUCAAGACAUGUAAACAGAACAUCGCGUCCCACAGAGCAUCGGAUCCACUAGGGGUACCAAUCGGUAUAAGCGAUGGCAGCAUUCCACCGGAGGAUCUGGCCGCUUCUAGCCAAGCACCAGAUCAUGGACUCUCUCACAUUGGCCUUCACUCUGAAGGAAGUUGGUGCGCAGCCGUCAGUGAUGAGAACCAGUGGGUAUCUGUCAAACUCCCAAAUAAAUUGAAAGUUACUGAGAUCGCCAUUCAAGGAGGCGGGGAUUCAUCGAAAGAGUGCUGGAUUCGAAAGUUCCGGAUCGAGAUCAGUACUGACGGAGAAAGAUGGACAUGCGUCCUUGAUAGUCAUGGGCAAAUACAGUACUAUGAUGGUAACUACAACUUGGAUGGCGUAGCGGUAGCUGUAUUCACCCCGUCAGUUUCAGCACGUUUCGUUCGGUUAGUUCCAAGGACUUAUCACCACUGCAUUUGUCUUCGAUGGGAAGUCUACGUCGAAGAUUUGAAUGUCGUAUUGGAAGGCGAACCGAUCGGCCUGGAAGACAACAGUUUCCCAACAGAGUAUAUCAAUCCAUCGUCGAUCAGAGAUGGGAGAACAGUGGAUGGCAUCAGAUUGGGAAGCCCCGAUCCCUGGUGUGCUAAUCCCUCCGAAGAAUCUCCGUAUGUGGAGGUGGACUUGCGUCUUGAACAUUCCAUAACGGGCAUCGUGGUUGGAGGAGAAGGGGAUGGCGUUGGCUAUGUUGAGGAUUUCCGGGUGGAGAUAUAUACGAGUGCAACAGGAUACCAAUUCAUAACGAAUUCCUUUGGUUACAAGCAGAAUUUUGAAGCAGGGCGUGAGAGAUCAUUCCAUAUCUUUGAGCGUAGUCCACUAGCAAGGAGAGUAAGGAUUCAUGUUGAGACCAGUCAUAUAGCUGCUUGCAUGAGUUUUGAGAUAUAUGUCAAGGAGUUGUGCGAUUAUGACGGUCUCCCAGAAGGCAUAGCAGCAAUAGAUGAUAACUUUGUCGGCGUCGGAGCCAUCACUGCUUCUUCUAGCUGGCCGAAAUAUGGCCCUGACAGGAGCCCUCUGGAAACCGGCUCAGAUCUUCCAGACUUUGGUGGGAGCUGGUGCGCUGCUCAAGAGAGUACCACCAGCAAUGACGAGUGGAUUCAGAUGGAUCUUGGCACCGAAGUCACUUUCACUGGUGUGGUUAUUCGAGGGGAUGCCAACAGGAACUUCUGGGUCUCUAAGUUUUUCGUAGCGGUCAGCGACGAUGGUGUUUCGUUUGAUAAAGUACUAGAUUCAGCAGAUUCACAAGAGCCAAAGGUAUUUAUAGGGAGUGCCAGCAAUGAUGGUUACAAAAUAGCCAAAUUCGAUCCACAGCCAAACGGUCGGUACAUCCGAGUUAUUCCUGAAGAGUGGAAAGACUGUGUAUGCCUGCGUUGGGACGUCUACAUAAAAACCAUAGAACCUGACAAUACAGAUGCCAAUCUAACUGCACCUCCAGCGCCAGAAUGUGGAUCACCACCAGAUCUACUAAAUGGAAAUGUUACAGUCAUUGGCGAUGCACCUGGUUCGACCAUUGCAUGGUAUGAAUGCAAUGACGGAUAUACUUUUGAGGGAGAUCAGGAUAUUGGCUGUUUUGAAAAUGGUACUUGGGACAUUUUUGAAGGAAAAUGUGUUCCUAUUCCAGUUGAAUGUGGAUCACCACCAGAUCUACUAAAUGGAAAUGUUUCAGUCAUUGGCGAUGCACCUGGUUCGACCAUUGCAUGGUAUGAAUGCAACGACGGAUAUACUUUUGAGGGAGAUCAGGAUAUAGACUGUUUUGAAAAUGGUUCUUGGGACAUUUUGGAUGGAAAAUGUGUUCCUAUUCCAGUUGAAUGUGGAUCACCACCAGAUCUACUAAAUGGAAAUGUUUCAGUCAUUGGCGAUGCACCUGGUUCGACCAUUGCAUGGUAUGAAUGCAACGACGGAUAUACUUUUGAGGGAGAUCAGGAUAUAGACUGUUUUGAAAAUGGUUCUUGGGACAUUUUGGAUGGAAAAUGUGUUCCUAUUCCAGUUGAAUGUGGAUCACCACCAGAUCUACUAAAUGGAAAUGUUUCAGUCAUUGGCGAUGCACCUGGUUCGACCAUUGCAUGGUAUGAAUGCAACGACGGAUAUACUUUUGAGGGAGAUCAGGAUAUAGACUGUUUUGAAAAUGGUACUUGGGACAUUUUUGAUGGAAAAUGUGUUCCUAUUCCAGUUGAAUGUGGAUCACCACCAGAUCUACUAAAUGGAAAUGUUUCAGUCAUUGGCGAUGCACCUGGUUCGACCAUUGCAUGGUAUGAAUGCAACGACGGAUAUACUUUUGAGGGAGAUCAGGAUAUAGACUGUUUUGAAAAUGGUUCUUGGGACAUUUUGGAUGGAAAAUGUGUUCCUAUUCCAGUUGAAUGUGGAUCACCACCAGAUCUACUAAAUGGAAAUGUUUCAGUCAUUGGCGAUGCACCUGGUUCGACCAUUGCAUGGUAUGAAUGCAACGACGGAUAUACUUUUGAGGGAGAUCAGGAUAUAGACUGUUUUGAAAAUGGUACUUGGGACAUUUUUGAUGGAAAAUGUGUUCCUAUUCCAGUUGAAUGUGGAUCACCACCAGAUCUACUAAAUGGAAAUGUUUCAGUCAUUGGCGAUGCACCUGGUUCGACCAUUGCAUGGUAUGAAUGCAAUGACGGAUAUACUUUUGAGGGAGAUCAGGAUAUAGACUGUUUUGAAAAUGGUACUUGGGACAUUUUGGAUGGAAAAUGUGUUCCUAUUCCAGUUGAAUGUGGAUCACCCCCUGAGCUACUAAAUGGAAAUGUUUCAGUCAUUGGCGAUGCACCUGGCUCGACCAUUGCAUGGUAUGAAUGCAACGACGGAUAUACUUUUGAGGGAGAUCAGGAUAUAGACUGUUUUGAAAAUGGUACUUGGGACAUUUUUGAUGGAAAAUGUGUUCCUAUUCCAGUUGAAUGUGGAUCACCACCUGAGCUACUAAAUGGAAAUGUUUCAGUCAUUGGCGAUGCACCUGGUUCGACCAUUGCAUGGUAUGAAUGCAACGACGGAUAUACUUUUGAGGGAGAUCAGGAUAUAGACUGUUUUGAAAAUGGUACUUGGGACAUUUUUGAUGGAAAAUGUGUUCCUAUUCCAGUUGAAUGUGGAUCACCACCAGAUCUACUAAAUGGAAAUGUUACAGUCAUUGGCGAUGCACCUGGUUCGACCAUUGCAUUGUAUGAAUGCAACGACGGAUAUACUUUUGAGGGAGAUCUGGAUAUUGGCUGUUUUGAAAAUGGUACUUGGGACAUUUUUGAAGGAAAAUGUGUUCCUAUUCCAGUUGAAUGUGGAUCACCACCUGAGCUACUAAAUGGAAAUGUUACAGUCAUUGGCGAUGCACCUGGUUCGACCAUUGCAUGGUAUGAAUGCAACGACGGAUAUACUUUUGAGGGAGAUCAGGAUAUAGACUGUUUUGAAAAUGGUACUUGGGACAUUUUUGAUGGAAAAUGUGUUCCUAUUCCAGUUGAAUGUGGACCACCACCUGAGCUACUAAAUGGAAUCGUUAAAAUAACAGGGGAUGUUCCUGGUUCUAUCAUUGCAUGGUAUGAUUGUAAUGGUGAAUUACAUUUCAAGGGAGAACCACAGGAUAUACGCUGCGAUGAAAAUGGUGAAUGGCCGCCAUUUUCAGGAAAAUGUGUUUGUGGAGAACCACCUCAACUACUGAAUGGAAAUGUCACUGUACAAUCGAGGGAUAUACCUGGUACGACCUUUGCAUGGUAUGACUGCAACGAGGGAUAUGUUUUUGAGGGAGAUGAUCGGGAUAUAUUCUGCAAUGUAAAUGGCACUUGGGAAUCAUUUUCAGGAGUAUGUGUUAAUACGUGUCUUGUACCAAGCAUGUCUUUACCUCUUUCAACAAAUUGCACAAUGAAUGUGAGGGUUCGAUCUGGUACAUCUUGCGAAUUUUCUUGUGAAACUGGCUAUUCUUUAACUGGAGAAACAUCUAGUAUGGAAUGUUUGGACUCUGGGGACUUUACUGAUGACAGACCAAGUUGUGAAGAAAUCACCUGUUCAAUACCCGAAUCGCUUCCAUCAAACCUAAAUACCAAUGAUACUGACUGCGAGGGUGGGGACUCCAUUAAUAUCGACCAACAAUGUACUUAUUAUUGUGAUGAUGGACAUAAUCUUGCUGGAUCUGAUACGGUAACUUGUCAGCAAGAUUCAUCUCUUUCUGGUGACUUACCUACGUGUGAGGUUGACCAGACUGGCCAUACAGAUGUGGCAUGUGAUAAAGUGCGAACCCCUCCUGGAACAGCACUUUUUAAUGCCGGUGAUAUUGAUGAAUCCAACGUCUAUGCCUCUUCGGUACAUUUCUCGUCAAAUCAUGGCAUCGAGCAGUUACCCCUCGUAGAUGAUGAUCCUCUGGCUUGGUGCGCAUACCCUGGUGAUGUUCAUGUAUCAGUCACCAUCGAUUUUGGAAAAGUGAAAAAAGUCACAGGGCUUGUCCUACGAGGGAAUGAUUUUGAAGGUGACACUUAUGAUUCAUGGGUCGAGGAGCUCCAGUUGGAGUAUUAUGAAGAUGGACAUUUGCAUGAAUUGAUUAUUCCCGAUGCCAACACCAACCAAAAUUGCAACGUAUCAAUCAUAUUUGAAGAAGUGCUAUUGGCAUCUGAAAUCCGAAUCAUCCCCACAAGCUGGCACCCACAUAAUCUCAUCUGUAUGAGGGUGGAAGUUUAUGCAGAAGAAUUUGACCCAUGCGACUCAUCACCCUGUCAAAAUGGAGGAACAUGCUCUUCUGCUGAUGAUCAAUACUCAUGUCAAUGUCCAAGCAGUCAUACUGGAACAAACUGUGAAACGGAGGUGUGCUCUAACCCAACAUAUCCUGAAGGAAAGCCUCUCUUCCAAACGGAAACCAUUACAGCAGGUGACAUCUUUACCACUUCUCCUGGGGAUAAGGAUUCUCUGGACCUGUUACCCCUCAAAGAUCUUAGCAGUACAGUCAGCGAAGCCUGGUGUACUCAGGAUGCAGACGGUUUAAUUCUUAUAAUUGAUCUUGGAGAAGAAAGACCCAUCGAAGGGCUUGCCUUCCGUGGGAAUAAUGAUGGUGUCAAAGCCUGGGUCCAGAAAGUGAAGCUGGAAGCAAUCAGCGAUAGUUCAGAAAUUCUCAGAACAUCAGAUGGGUCAGAGGAAUUUACUGCCAACAGUAAUGCCGAUUGCGAUGCAGUUAUCUUAUUUGAAACACCAGUGAACAUGAGAAAAAUCAUUAUCACCCCAAAUGAAUUCCACUCAGAUCAGGAUGACGUCCUGUGCAUGAAAAUAGAAGUGUUUGAGUUUAUCCCAGCACAGCCAGAGACAAUUGAAUGUUCUGAAGGCAAUCUUCCUGAAGGGGACGCGAUCAUCAGUCAGGCUGACAUCGCUGUAUCUUCUAAUGGACAACACCAUGCUCAUGGUGUUCAGAGUGUACCGCUAAGGCCUGAAGAUGACCCUGGCGUGGCUUGGUGUCCUGCGGGUGGAGACAAAUUACCUUUAGUUAAGAUUGUAUUCCCUCAUGAUGUUGAAGUUUUUGGACUCGUUAUCCGUGGGAACAACUAUCCGGGUUAUGAAGCUUGGACGACAUCGCUGGCCUUGGAGGCGCUCCAGAAUCAUGAUGUUGUGCUUGACGAAACAUAUACUUUGGGAGAAAACGCAAACUGUGACAUAGUCAUCAAAUUCAAUUCACCAAUACUGGUGGAUAAACUUGUCAUCCUGCCCAAGGGCUAUGAAGGAUCUGUUGGCCCAUGCUUGAGAGUGGAGGUUUAUGGCAAUCUUGUAGAAGAGACGGAAGAGGCAGUAGUUGGGGAUACUGAGGUAGCUGAUACUCGGACAAGGCAAAGAAAUUUACAGCCUGCUGAAUCUGACGAUCAACAAACAGGUUCUCCUGAAGUAGUUGGUGUUGAUGAGGCAGAAACAAACGAGGAGGAAAUCAUAAGUGGACCAUCAGAAACAGUCUCGAGUUUGGAGGAAUCUGAAGAAGAGAUCGUUGUAGGGAAUGAGGGAAACACUAUAGAUGUUGUUGGAAGCCCUGGAAAUCAAGUUGACACAACUGAAGAAUCUGCAAGUGAAGCUGGAGAUGCUGAUGUAGCACCAACAAGACAACGAGGGAAUAGAGUUCAGCAGUCUUCUUCAGAAUCAUCAGAAUCUCUUGAAUUAGUUGACGUUAGUGAGGAAGAUUCAAAUGAGGUUGACAUUCAGAAUGGACCAUCACAAUCAGUAUCUGUAUCUGAGGAAUCAGAAGAAGGAAGUCUAGAACAAAAUGGGGAUAACACUGUAGAAGCUGGUGAAAACCCUGGAAGUGAGGUUGAAACAGUUGAAGACACUACCUCUCAAGCUGGAGAUGCUGAUGUAGCACCAACAAGACUACGAGGGAAUAGAGUACAGCAGUCUUCUUCAGAAUCAUCAGAAUCUCUUGAAUUAGUUGACGUUAGUGAGGAAGAUUCAAAUGAGGUUGACAUUCAGAAUGGACCAUCACAAUCAGUAUCUGUAUCUGAGGAAUCAGAAGAAGAUGUUCUAGAACAAAAUGGGGAUAACACUGUAGAAGCUGGUGAAAACCCUGGAAGUGAGGUUGAAACAGUUGAAGACACUACCUCUCAAGCUGGAGAUGCUGAUGUAGCACCAACAAGACUACGAGGGAAUAGAGUACAGCAGUCUUCUUCAGAAUCAUCAGAAUCUCUUGAAUUAGUUGACGUUAGUGAGGAAGAUUCAAAUGAGGUUGACAUUCAAAAUGGACCAUCACAAUCAGUAUCUGGAUCUGAUGAAUCAGAAGAAGGAAGUCUAGAACAAAAUGGGGAUAACACUGUAGAAGCUGGUGAAAACCCUGGAAGUGAAGUUGAAACAGUUGAAGACACUACCUUUGAAGCUGGAGAUGCUGAUUUAGCACCAACAAGACAACGAGGGGAUAGAGUGCAGGAGUCUUCUUCAGGACUGAGUAUAGUUCCAGGGACAGUGUGCGAGUUGACACCCGAAGAUAAUGUCAUUCAAAUGGAACUAGAUGAUGUUUCAACAGUAGAGGGAUUGAAAAUCAUCCCCAGUGAUUCUUCAGACAUCAUAUCUGGAUUUCUCUUCCAGUAUAGCCGGAAUUGCUUAGCUGAUGAAGAGGAUGAGGAAGACUGGAUCUUUGUAGAAGACGAUCGUGAAGAGCCAGAGUGCUUUAUUGGUAAUAUCGACGGCUCUGCUAUGACUGCAAGGCUUGAUGAGGUUGAAGGUUGUAGUUUCAGAAUCUAUGCAAGUGUCGAAGUAGCCUGUAGGGUUACCUUUGAACUUGUUGUAAAGGAGACUGAAGGACAGUCGAGACAACGUUCUUCGUCUACUCGAAGAUGCGGUGGGUCCCGAGCAGGACGUGAUUAUAUACGGUUCCAGAGGGAUCGGGAUGUAGCUCGGGCUAGGACUAAUCCCCGUAGACGUAAUGGUCCUAGAAGUAUUAAUGGAUUAAACCUAAUUGGAGGAUCACAAACAGAAUUGAGUUCUGAUAACAGCGUUGUUGAAAUCAACCUUGGUAAAGAAUCAUUGGUGAACGGAGUAGCCAUUAAAUCAAGCAGUGACUCGGAUAAAAUAAAGGAAUUUUUACUACAGUACUGCCCCUCCUGCCCUGGUGAAGGUGAGAACGAUGACGGUUGCAGCUAUGUGACAGAUGAAAAUGGAAAUCAAAAGGUGUUUAUUGGCAAUUCUGAUGCGUCUCUAACGAUUAGACAAGUCAAUGAAAUUAAAGGCUCUUGUUUCAGAAUCUAUGCAGUUGUGGAAGGAUCCUGCAGCGUUACUGUGUCGCUUCUUGUAAAAGAAGAAGAAGGUGAAGAUCUUCCAUCAGCUUCUACUAGACGAUGCACCGGUUCUCGAGAGGGACGUGAAUUCUUAAGUCGAAAAAGGGCCAACCGAGGCAGUCGAGGUCGAUCUGGCAGUGGCGGAAGAUUGAGAGGUAACCGCGAUGAAGAAAGGGGUAAUACCGAAAUUGGUGAGCGUUCUUCUCGCAUAUCAGGAAGCAACCUUUACAACCGUGGCCAGGGCAGAAGGAAUGGCCAAGGAAGGAGUGGUGGCAGCGAUGGACGAAUUCGCAGCAAUGAAGGAGGACGCCAAGAUGAUGGGGACAAUGACAACGUUGGAGAUGCUGAUAAUGCGCCAACAAGAGAGCGGGAGGAUAGAGUUCAGCAGGCUACUGCAGGGCUGAGUAUAGUUCCAGGUACAGUGUGCGAACUGACGCCAGAGGACAAUGUCAUUCAAAUGGAACUUGAUGAUGUUUCAACAGUAGAGGGAUUGAAAAUCAUCCCCAGUGAUUCUUCAGACAUCAUAUCCGGAUUUCUCUUUCAGUAUAGCCGGAAUUGUUUAGCUGAUGAGGAGGAUGAGGAAGACUGGAUCUUUGUAGAAGACGACCGUAAUGAGCCAGAGUGCUUUAUCGGUAAUAUCGACGGCUCUGCUAUGACUGCAAGGCUUGAUGAGGUUGAAGGUUGUACUUUCAGAAUCUACGCAAGUGUGGAAGUAGCCUGUAGGGUUACCUUUGAACUUAUUCUGAAGGAGACUGCAGGGCAGUCGAGACAACGUUCUGCGUCUACUCGACGAUGCGGUGGGUCCCGAGCAGGACGUGAUUACAUACGGAUCCAGAGGGAUCGAGAUGUAGCUCGGGCUAGAACUAAUCCCCGUAGACGUAAUGAGCCUCGAAGUAUUAAUGGAUUAAACCUAAUUGGAGGAUCACAAACAGAAUUGAGUUCUGAUAACAGCGUUGUUGAAAUCAACCUUGGUAAAGAAUCAUUGGUGAACGGAGUGGCCAUUAAAUCAAGCAGUGACUCGGAUAAAAUAAAGGAAUUUUUACUACAGUACUGCCCCUCCUGCCCUGGUGAAGGUGAGAACGAUGACGGUUGCAGCUAUGUGACAGAUGAAAAUGGAAAUCAAAAGGUGUUUAUUGGCAAUUCUGAUGCGUCUCUAACGAUUAGACAAGUCAAUGAAAUUAAAGGCUCUUGUUUCAGAAUCUAUGCAGUUGUGGAAGGAUCCUGCAGCGUUACUGUGUCGCUUCUUGUAAAAGAAGAAGAAGGUGAAGAUCUUCCAUCAGCUUCUACUAGACGAUGCACCGGUUCUCGAGAGGGACGUGAAUUCUUAAGUCGAAAACGGGCCAACCGAGGCAGUCGAGGUCAAUCUGGCAGUGGCGGAAGAUUGAGAGGUAACCGCGAUGAAGAAAGGGGCAAUACCGAAAUUGCUGAGCGUUCUUCUCGCAUAUCAGGUAGCAACCUUUACAACCGUGGCCAGGGCAGAAGGAAUGACCAAGGAAGGAGUGGUGGCAGCGAUGGACGAAUUCGCAGCAAUGAAGGAGGACGCCAAGAUGACGGGGGCAAUGACAACGUUGGAGAUGCUGAUAAUGCGCCAACAAGAGAACGGGAGGAUAGAGUUCAGCAGGCUACUACAGGACUGAGUAUAGUUCCAGGUACAGUGUGCGAGUUGACGCCAGAAGACAAUGUCAUUCAAAUGGAACUUGAUGAUGUUUCAACAGUAGAGGGAUUGAAAAUCAUCCCCAGUGAUUCUUCAGACAUCAUAUCUGGAUUUCUCUUCCAGUAUAGCCGGAAUUGUUUAGCUGAUGAAGAGGAUGAGGAAGACUGGAUCUUUGUAGAAGACGACCGUAAUGAGCCAGAGUGCUUUAUCGGUAAUAUCGACGGCUCUGCUAUGACUGCAAGGCUUGAUGAGGUUGAAGGUUGUACUUUCAGAAUCUAUGCAAGUGUGGAAGUAGCCUGUAGGGUUACCUUUGAACUUAUUCUUAAGGAGACUGCAGGGCAGUCGAGACAACGUUCUGCAUCUACUCGACGAUGCGGUGGGUCCCGAGCAGGACGUGAUUACAUACGGAUCCAGAGGGAUCGGGAUGUAGCUCGGGCUAGAACUAAUCCCCGUAGACGUAGUGGGCCUAGAAGUAUUAAUGGAUUAAACCUCAUUGGAGGAUCACAAACAGAAUUGAGUUCUGAUAACAGCGUUGUUGAAAUCAACCUUGGUAAAGAAUCAUUGGUGGAUGGAGUAGCCAUUAAAUCAAGCAGUGACUCGGAUAAAAUAAAGGAAUUUUUACUACAGUACUGCCCCUCCUGCCCUGGUGAGGAUGAAAAUGAUGAUGGUUGCAGCUAUGUGACAGAUGAAAAUGGAAAUCAAAAGGUAUUUAUUGGCAAUUCUGAUGCGUCGCUAACGAUUCGACAAGUCAAUGAAAUUAAAGGCUCUUGUUUCAGAAUCUAUGCAGUCGUGGAAGGAUCCUGCAGCGUUACUGUGUCGCUUCUUGUGAAAGAAAAAGAAGGUGAAGAUCUUCCAUCAGCUUCUACUAGACGAUGCACCGGUUCACGAGAGGGACGUGAAUUCCUGAGUCGAAACCGUGGCAAUCAAGGUCGAUCUGGCAGUGGCGGAAGAUUGAGAGGUAACCGCGAUGAGGAAAGAGGCGAUACCGAAAUUGCUGAGCGUUCUUCUCGCAUAUCAGGUGGCAACCUUUACAACCGUGGCCAGGGCAGAAGGAAUGACCAAGGAAGGAGUGGUGGCAGCGAUGGACGAGUUCGCAGCAAUGGAGGAGGACGCCAAGAUGAUGGCGGCAAUGACAACGGUCGUUCGCGAAGCAGCCAGGGGGGCCGUAGGUCCAACGGGGAGUCGAGGCGUGGUCAGGGCCAAAGUGGUCGGUCUGGUCACCGCAGGAAUUCAAGUGGAUCUUCUCGUCGUAGUGGAGGAUCAGGGCAUAGUGGAGGUAGCACAGUUGGAGGCUACAAUCGCCAUUAAAUCAGAGGUGAAAGGCAACGUCACCAGGAUCCUUUACUUCCCAUUGAUUAAAGAUCCCAGCUCAUGUUCAUCUUGGUAGAUGAAUCUAAUUCCUAUCUUUUCAAGUUUGAAGAUAUUUGAGAUUUCUCAGUAUCCAUAACUAUACUCUAUAACAUUCUUCAGCCAUAGAAAUAAUAUUUAAUAUCAAGACCAGUGCAAUAUUUUAGACAACCAUUAAGAUUUCUUUAUAAUUUAAGUACUAUAGUAAGGAUUUAUUUCAUGAAAAUGAUAUUAGUUAUAUUCAAAAAGUUAAUAGAGGCAUAUUUGGGAACAACCAUGCUCUCAUUGUUAAUUAAAUCAUUAUUUUGAUUGAGAUCAUUACUAUUAUAUUUAUUUUUAGUAUUAUUGUUAUCCUUAAAAUUCCUCUAGUGUCCAAGUAGUAAAUGUAUGUAGUAAAAAUAGUCUUUAAACUUAGAGCUUACUUGAAACAUCUUUAAACUUACCUUAACUUGGUAAAAUUGCAUACAUUUAAUAGAUGCAAUUGUUCACCCCAUUUCCAUUUUCUGUCAAAUUAAUACACUCCUUAAUUCCUGAAGAGGACCUAGAUAUGGUUUCCCCAUUUUACAUUUCUAUUAGCGAGAAAGAUAGCUGCAUAUCAUCAAACUGUGAAAGAAAACAAACUUAUUCAACAUAGUGAAUCUGCAAUGCCCCUCUAAUAACUCAAAUGAAUUAUAAGAAAUAAGAUACAUGAGUAAUGGGGGGGGGGAGGUUGAAAAUUUGUAAUAAUUUAUUUUCCCAAAUACAGUGGUGGCCAAAAUUAUUUCAUCUUUCUUGUUUUUGUUCUGUUGGCCUUUGUGAUACCUAUAAAUUAGUUUGAAUGUAUUCAAAAUUCACUUCUAUGCUUAUAAAGUCUUGCCUUUUGAACUUGCUCUAUCGUGUGUUAAGCCACCAAAUGAAAAAUCUUAAACUAUUGCACCUAUCACUAUCAGGAAAACAAAUUUGUAGCAUCAAAUCUGUAAGUUUCUUCCUCUAAAAGUAUACAUUUUUUGAAAGGAUAUUUUCUGGUGAUUCAAAAGUGGCAUGUAAUAGACUAGAAUAAAUUAGUUGCAUUCAUUCUAUGUUGGAAUUUAACAAAACAAAAUUUGAGGGCCCCAUUUCUUUUUAAUUUGGAUCCCCUAUUUGACUCUUCUUUCCCCUGACUCGAUUUCUUAUCAUAUUUGAAUCGGUCAGGACAAUUCCUUAAAAAUAAAUGUCAAAGGGAUUUAUUCAUGUCCAUUUUUAAUAAUGAUCAUGGUUAUUUAGGUCAUAUCAUGACCCAGGAAGGGGGCCAAUUUCAACCCCUUUCCAUGAGACCAAACUUUCUAAAACAUGGCAGGUAUUUAGGGUCAUCCUAGAAUGAAUAAGCCUGCAAAGUUUUAUACCUAUAUCUCAAAUACUUUUUAAGCUUGUCACCUUGUAUGUAAAUUGCCAUUUCACAUUUACAUGUAUCUUCAUUUGCCAUGUUUAAUACAUGAUCUAUGGGGAAACUGAAAACCCAUAACACAACAAUUUGUUUAGCUACCUUUUGUAUACUGGACAAACUAUGAUAUUUCAAUAGUCAUACACUUCCAGAUACACUAUAUAAUAUUCAGUACAAAUGAUAGAGACAGAUACACAUGACUUGGUAGUAUGAAAACUCAAGCUCAAGCGUUUUAUUCAGAGUGUCAGUGGUCACUCCCAUUAUCAGGAUGCAUUUUACAAUGAUUAGUCAUAAGACAGUGGAAGUUACUUUCUCUUUAUUUAUUUAUUUAUUCUCACUAUUUAUGGGUAUAGAGCGGUCUUAUCCUGUGAAUAUUAUGAAUAAGGUAGGUAAUACCAUCUGUGUUAGCUCCAUGGUAAUACAAUGAAUAUACAUGAGAUACAGCCUACAGAAUAUGAAAUAGUGAGUAUAUUACACUACUCAUUACCUGAUGGUUUACAUUUUGUAUCAAAUGAUGCCUAAGACCCUAUACGAGAAAGUCAUGAAGCGUAAAUAUAUUACAGAAAUAUUAUCCUCAAAUGUAAAUAUUAUCCUCAAAACUAACUUCAGCGACUGCUCAUAGGAUUCAGAAUCCCAUAGACUUUGUGUGGCAUUGGGUGACUUAAUCAUUUUGGCCACUGCUGUGCAUAAAAAAUACAUAUUAGUAACAAUUGUUGCCUAAUUAUAAAGAUUUUCUCCAAAUUCUUAACAAGAUCAAAUGUAUUUGUCAAUGAGCUGAAUUUAAGCCGCAUUUAUUUACCAAUGUGUCAUAUUAAAACAUUCUUCAAAUUAUCAACAAGAUUGAAUCUAUUUGUGUAAAAGGGAUUUGAUUUUGUAAGCCAAAUAUAUAUACCAUUAUAAAAACAAACUAAAAACAUACUAGUACAAAACUAGAAAAUAAAGUAAUGCUAACUUAUUUCUUUAAUAUAGAAUUGUAAUGUUCAGGUCCCACUGGAAGAAAGUCUUCCAGUUAUGAUUAUUUUAAGUCAGAUUAAAGUCUCCCCUGUAACUCA